CAUAACGAAGAAGAAGACUAAUGUCCCGGAUGUGCCUUUUGCUGUUUUUAAAAAAAUCGGCGGUAGCUACUAGCUUGCCUGUCCGUCAUCCUUUUGGAGUCCUUAUUAAAUUAGAACCCGUCAAAUACAAACUUCACGCAGGAAUAUCAUGCUGCGGCAGCAGUGUGAAGAGCAGCCAGGACUUUUAGGAAAACUUUGUCCUGGGGAGAAGAAGCUACAGGGGAAGACCUUCUAUUUGGACAAUGUAAAGAAACGUGCUACAGCCCUGCUUUUGGAAGCCAUAUCUCUCCUCGGAGGGGGGGUGGAGAGCUUCCUCCACAGAGAUGUGAGCUUUGUGGUUACGGGAAGUCAAGAGGGGCUGGAGGAGAAAAGGCCUGCAGGAAGCAAGAGUUGCGAUGAGUCUCACCAGCCUUUGAAGCAGCGAGAAAGCGUCCCCGACAACAGCAAACAGCGACCAGUCACUCCGCGCCCGGUGGCUUGUGGCAGCCGAGGAAAAGCCCUGCUCGAAAAAGCGAUUCGGAACAAUGAGCGGUUGCAGGGGAGCAACGUGUUGGCAAAUGCCCGUUCGUGGGGAGUGAGCAUUGUGCAUGCGGAUGAUGUUCUUUUAUACUUGAAGGAGCUGAGCAGUGAGCGGGUUGUUGCGAAACCCAGCAGGCAUGAGAGGGCUUCCACCAAGCAGCCGUCUUGUCAUGUUGUCAAAGCUGCACCUCUGAGAUCUCCUUUUCUCAAAAUUGAGGACAUCAGCAGGAAGUACAAGCCCUUGCACGUGCAGUCCAUGAGCUUCCCCUCGCUGUGCUACGUCGGCCGAUUCAGUCCCUUCGAGUCUCCUCCUCCUCCUCGCUUUGAGAAGACUGCGCAAAGAGAAAAUAAAUCCAGGGCGAAGAGCAAAGUUCAAAGCCGCAUUAGGGACAAAUCUCAAACCCUGUCACCUUGGCCGCCGCGCAAGAAGGGCAUCUCUUACUGCGAAUGCUGCCUUCAAUCCUUCACUAACCUGGACGAGCACUUGCAGUCUGAUCAACAUCGCUGCUUUGCGCUGGAGACCUCAAAUUAUAGCGCCUUGGAGUGUCUUGUGGUCAAAAUGGUUCCCAGCUUCAACCUCAAUCCUUCGGGAGAAGCUGAAGAAGUCCUAAAUAGACCUGCAGCUGCUCUGCCCAUCCCAGACAUCUGUGAACUGGAGCCUCUGACUGAUGCCGAGAUCGAACAUGAAGUUCAGGCCUUGCGAGGACAAUCCUCCUGCCGCAAACGUGCGCUGGAUCUUCCAGAAGAACCGGAUCAUGUCCCAUCUCCAGCCACAAUAUCAAGUGACAUGCAGUGCCCCGAACCUGGCAGCCUCCCCUACACUUCGACUGCGCCCUUGCGUAUAUUGGACAAUUUUCCGCAAGUCCAUUUUCCAGCCAGCCUGCAGCCUCCACCGCUCUCCCUCCGCCCCACUACACAAGAUGUAUCUUCUGACCUAUACGCCCUGCCUCCAGUCCUCAGCCCGAAAGGCUUCAUUCCCGAUGACAUGGAGGCCCUUAGUCUGUACUCAGAACCUCCUGUCCUCAGUCCACAGAACUACAUCACUGAGGAUUAUGAUUAUGACAUGGAAACUAGAGCAAGUGUGUCAGAAGCUCUUCCCGUCUCUUUUCUCACUCGUCCUUCCAUGGCUGUGUCCAAUGCGGAAGAAGAGAAGGUCCCCCGCCCAGAGGUAGUUUCAAGUGAGGCCUCGAUUCCUAUUAAGCAAGCUCGCCCGGCAACUCCAAACCUCAAAAAACGCCGUCGCCAUUCCAGCUGCGAACACAACCGCGAGAAAAGGAAAAGGACAGCAGCCGAUGACCUCACAGAAUCAGAAAGUUGCGUUAUUACAACGGAUGAGUGUUGUUGUAUUUCGGGGAGAACCUCUAUUCAAAUAGUGCAAUCUAAAGAAAAUACCUCUCGAAUAGACAGAAUGUGUCCUCCUGCGGGAGAUAGACUAGACUUUUCUCCAUUUAACAGGUUGGCUCAUUUUGUUGAAACAACAUGGUCGCCUGCCUCAAAGUUCCCUUCACAUCAGUGUCACGGCCUCUCCAGCCAAGACUCCCAACAAUCCGCCUCGUUGUGCAUCGACCCGGCGCUGAUCCCGGACGUAGCCCGGCUCUCCCCGUCCUCGUCCGACUCUGACUGGGACCGGGACCUGCUGUCUCGCCUGGGUCCCGCGCGGGCCGGGUCGGCGUCGGGCCCGGGCGACGCGGCGUCGGGCGAGCUGGACAAGGAGUUCCUCCGCAGGCCGUGCGCGUGGAUGAGCGACACCAGCUACGAGUCGCGGCUGCACACCGCCCUGCAGCCGUCCACCGCCGCCGGGGAGCCCUCGGCUUUCUCCAGGACGGUGGUACAAAUUGUUGAGGUACUUCACUGACUGCACUUUUUCCGGACUAUCAUUGUGAGGAACUCACUCGACCCUGUGCAUUCUCUUGUAGAAAGUGUUUACAGCUUUGCAUCUCCUCUCAAUAGACAGACUUCCAAACAGGCAUGUGGGAACAAAUAGUGGUGCCAACUUUUUAUUCUGUCUGAGCUGCCAACUCAUAAAAAGCCAGUGGGCUGUAAGAUUGCUCGGCCUGCUUAAAACAAACACUCCUCCCAAAAAAUGAACCCACAAAUUAGUGUAAGACUGAUUGAUAGUCAAUAUUUCUUUAAUACCUGACAGUGUCACUUAAAACUAAGCAUUAUCUUUGUUAAUGUAUUAUUUUUAUGUUCAGCUAAAUGUUGCCAAUGUUGUGGCAGGUAAUUAUAAAGGCUGGCCCUAAAAAGAAAUGAUGUUUUCAACAUUUUGUUAAAUUGGUAUAUUAACAAAUAACAUCAAUUUGUUUUCCAACGUUUGUGGUGAAAAUUUUGCUGUACUUUGCAACAUUCGUGUGAACUCGAUGCAGUAACUCCACAUUGUUGUCAUAACCUGUGUCCCCUUUUUUUUUUUUUUUUUUUUUUUUUUCAUCCAUUAAACUGCUGCCAGUGUUGUUGUGCUGACAUCAGUCUUUCAGCAGCUGUCUGGAAAUACACACUGGGACUUUAAUGAGGUUUUUCUGAAAGGCGUAUUAUUGAAUUACUGUAAGUGCUGUGGUGCAGAUGCCAAUUCUGCUCAUGUUGAUGAUCCCACAUGCAAAGCGCUUGGAAAAGUGGAGCCCUCGCACUUCUCGGAUAGAAUCGGUAUGAAAAAAAAAAAAGACAUUUUGGAGGUGGACCCAUAUGUUCCGACUGAAUGUGAAAUUCUAUAUUGUUUUUAAAUAAAUAUUUUUAAACUAAA